AUGGCCUCACAGCUGGUGCAGAGCUUCCCAAAUGAUUUGAAGUACCUGCACACCUACUGCUCCGUGGCGUUUUACAUCCUGACGCUGCUGCUCGAUGGCUACAAGUUCAACGAGCACACCUGGAGCAACAUUCACUUUAGCAGGCAGGCUUUUGCUGGGUUCUACUACACCUUCAGCUUCCUGAACCUGACUCACCAGCAGUCUCUGACUCUGCUGUUCCCUGGGAACCUGACUCACCAGCAGUCUCUGAGUGAGGUCAACACCACAGUCCUGUCCUUCUGCAGGAGGAACUGGACAGAGCUGGUGCAGAGCUUCCCAAAUGAUUUGAAGUACCUGCACACCUACUGCUCCGUGGCGUUUUACAUCCUGACGCUGCUGCUCGAUGGCUACAAGUUCAACGAGCACACCUGGAGCAACAUUCACUUUAGCAGGCAGGCAGCAAACACAGACAUCGGGUGGACACUGGGCUUCAUGCUGAACUUGACCAACAUGAUCCCUGCUGAGGCUCUGCAGCAUGUCAAGGGCCACCAGCCCGGCCUGUGGGCAGGGGCCGUCUCCUUCCUUGUACUGGCCAUCGUGGCAGGCCUGGUGGCUGUUUUCCUACACUGUUUCUGGAAAACAAAGUAGCUCCCAGCCUCCUGACUAGAGGCAUGCUAGGCAUCUUGCCUACUAAACCAGGCAGGGAAGUAGUGCAGAAGAGGUGGAAAAUGGAGAAGAAUGAAGGCAUUAGACCAUCUCCAUUGCUCAGGAGAUCUGACUGGGUCAUCUCUGUGAAUGUAGAAGACGACUUGAUCUCUCUCCAAGAGGAAGACUCCUUUAAUCUGACUGCCAAAAUCUCAUUGAGACUUGCUGGCGGGAUGAAGCCAAAAAAAAUCAAACUAGAAAUAAAAUCAG